ACAUCAGCUCCAGCAAGUACGACUGUUGUAGGUCCAACGAAAGCUCCAGCAAUAACUACCUCUGCAGGUUUAACAACAUCAGCUCCAGCAAGUACGACUGUUGUAGGUCCAACAAAAGCUCCAGCAAUAACUACUGCUGCAGGCUUAACAACAUCAGCUCCAGCAAGUACGACUGCUGUAGGUCGAACCACACAAGCUCCAGCAGUAACUACCGCUGCAGGCUUACCAACAUCAGCUCCAGCAAGUACGACUGUUGUAGGUCCAACGAAAGCUCCAGCAAUAACUACUGCUGCAGGCUUAACAACAUUAGCUCCAGCAAGUACCACUGCUGUAGGUCGAACCACACAAGCUGCAGCAGUAACUACCGCUGCAGGCUUACCAACAUCAGCUCCAGCAAGUACGACUGUUGUAGGUCCAACGAAAGCUCCAGCAAUAACUACUGCUGCAGGCCUAACAACAUUAGCUCCAGCAAGUACGACUGCUGCAGGUCCAACCACACAAGCUCCAGCA